UGGACACGUUGAGUCGAAGGGGGAACCCGAGACAACAGUUCACAGCUCACUUUUCCCGGGGAAGAGUUAGAAGUUAGCACGAAUCAUGGCGACCAUCAGCAGUCGUGGUGUUCGACUUGGAAACUCAAACCAAGGAAUGUCUUCAUUUACUUCUCCGGAGAAAGUGCGAGAGCUUCUCAGUGGAGGCGUUUCUUCCACGGACCAGACAUCUAUCAAUAGCAUACAAGGGAGCUUGACAUAUGUGGAACCCAGCACAACUCCGGCAACUUGUGUGGCAACCAACGAGGCUGCCUUUCUCUCCCGAGUGGAGUCCUUCUCCUGUUUGCGAUGGGCAGGUAAACCACGGGUCCUCUCCCCUCUAAAGUGUGCGCAAUAUGGCUGGAUCAACGUAGGCUGUGAUAUGCUUAAAUGCUCCAGCUGCCAGGCCUUUCUAUGUGCAUCUCUAUCACCGACUUUGGAUUUGGAAAAAUAUGAAUCCCGCAUUGCAGAAAUCUCCAGACAGUUGCAGUCACAGCAUGAAAAGUUCUGCCCUUGGCCCGACUUCCCAAGCCCUGAGCGGUUCUGGCUGGUCCCGGCGUCGGAGCCUACAGCGUUGCUUAGUUCCUUCUUGGCCCGCUUCCAGAGUGCCUGUCUCCUGGAGCAGCAGCUGCCGGCCAUGAAACCAGAGCUCCUAAAAUCAAUGUCUCUGACCGAGGAUGUGAUCAGCAUUCUACUGCAGCUUAUUGAGGGAGAGCAAAAGAAGCGGGGUCUGGCUCACUCGACCGACGCCCUGGCGAUCCAGGUGGCUGCCUGUAUUGUUUCUCUCUGUGGCUGGGCCGCUAGCCCAGCUCUGAAAGCCAUGAGUCUGCCCAUCCUCACCUGCUCCUUCUGCAUGCGCAAAGUGGGCUUGUGGAACUUUCACCAGAUGGAGGGAACAGUGACCGAGGACGAGGCGUUUUACAGCAGCCCCAGCCCAACCCCAACCCCUACCCAUGCACCGGGCCAACUGUUGGGUGCGGCAGUAGCUCAGGAGGGCCAGGGGGACCAGUCUGUCACCUCCUCCCCCGCCAGCACGCCAAGGCGCAUGGGGCUAAGGAGCCAGGACACCUCGCGCUCAGAUCAGGUUGAGAGCCCCCUGUCCGCCACACUGCUGCGAUCCCGCAGCAAGGACUCCCCAGGCCCCAACGAGGAGCCACAGAGUGCCUUACCCAAGGGCAAGAGGCAUGCGUCCGGUCGUGGGCGAGGAUCUGAAGGCACCGCCAGUCCCGUGAACACUCCAAAACGCGUCCGGCUCUCCUCAGCCGGUGGCCCUGACGGGCCUCUACAGAAGAAUGUAUUUGACCCACUGGCCCAACACAGAGACUGGUGCCCCUGGGUCAACGUGGUGAAGGAGGACACUAAUCGAGGAGCCAUCCCGCUGCUACAGGAAGACUCUGUGCUACAUCAGCAGGGCUGGAAGGCCGCGCUGGACCUCCUCAUACCAAUGAAGAAGAACUCCAACCCCUCAAAGGGCAGUCCCGCACAGUGUCCUCAAGACAAGUCUAAAAGGGUGUUCGCCAUAUUCCGUCAGUGGCAAGUAUCCACACCAUCUCAGUAACGCCAUGUCACCUUUAUACAUGUUCCAACACUCUUUUGCCCUUUUUCCACUUUGAGGUACAGAGUUUGUAGAGACUGAGGGGAGUGCUCCCUCACUCGAUUAAGUGUCAUAAGGCCAACUGAAGGGGGGUGGGGGGACCUGGUCAAGGGUUGGCUGGAGCAGACUCGGUUGGAGGGUUUUGUCGAAAGGAUUAUGUUUUCUGUGAACUUAGUGAAGUGUCUUAUUGUAGUGCAUGGAUGACGAGAGGGAUGUGAAAAGACUAUGUUGCACGAUAAUACGAGAGCGCAUCUGAUAAUACUUGGAACGGGCUCCAGUUUUCAUGUCAUGGAAUCUAUCCUUUACCUCGCAAUGACUCCUGCUCUGGUACAUCCAUCACGAGAUGUAUCCCAUUCUGGAUUUCUAUGAAAUGCUGAAAAAAAAAGCAUCCAUACUUGUGACCAAGUCAUCCUUUGGCUUCACACUGGAUUUAAAAAAUAUGUUUACCUUCGAUAAACCUCUUGAGCUCUUAAGGGUUAUCGUGAACAUACAUUGGGUGGAUUUCUUUGUUGUCUGUAGCCUGUUAACUUUACAGCUAAUGAUAAGACUAGUGAUCCUUUUUUUAAUUCUUGCAUAAAUGUUUUAGCCAGGUUGAACAAAUUAUGUGCCAGAAUAACCUAAACAUACUUGAAGGUUUUACUUUCAUUGUGUGUAAUGCUAUUGGGUCCUUCUGUAAUUUCCUCUCAUUGCGAAUGCAGUCUUUUUUCUUCUUUUUUUGUUUAACUAUGCAUGUACUUUCACCAGAUUUUCAAGGGUUUUAAUAAAAUGCAUUCGUACAAUUUUGAAA